AUGGUGGUCUGUGAGCCUUGGUGUGUUCCUUCACCUGAGCAAUUGAAAGGGAAGAUCCUUGUGAAAGGCAAGAAGCUGAGCAGGCAGGAGGACCCCGCCGGAACAAAUGGGAACAACAACCUGGAGGCUGAGGAUGUCUCUGAUGAAGAUGAAGCAGCUGAAAUGGAGGAUGAGUCUGUAAAGACCGAGAUACAGCAGAAGGGGAAGAGGGACACCUUGAAGCUGGCCAAGGAGCUGUCAGACACUGUUGUGUACUGCAAGAGCGUCCAUUUCAAUGGUUUUGAGGAUCCCAGCCACCCUCGGCCUUUCUAUGAGAUGUCAUCGUUCACAGAGAGCAAAGCUCUGAAACUAGCCCAGGAGUCAGGAACCAGUUUUAUUCAUCACAACAUCAGGCACCUGAGCCGGAUCUACCCUGCAGGCUGGAGGACAGAUUCUUCCAACUAUAACCCCAUCGACUUGUGGAAUGUUGGCUGCCAGAUUGUUGCCCUAAAUUUCCAGACAGCAGGCACAGAAAUGGAUGUCUACCAGGGUCGGUUCCAGGACAAUGGGUUUUCUGGGUACGUCUUAAAGCCGGAAUUCCUCCGGGAUGAGCAAACCAAAUUCAAUCCAAAAUCCAUCACAGAAGGAACAUGGGGGACAAAGAAGAAGCUUCUACUUAAAAUCAUCUCUGGUCAGCAGCUACCCAAGGUGAACAAAAGCAAAAACUCCAUCGUUGAUCCUAAGGUAACUGUGGAGAUCCAUGGAGUGCAACAAGAUAACAACAAGAAGCAGACCAAAGUCAUUGAAAACAAUGGCUUUAACCCGAAAUGGGAGGAAGAGUUUACAUUUGACAUAGAGAUCCCUGCGCUUGCCCUGGUCCGGUUUGUGGUGGAAGACUUUGACAUGUCGACCAAGAAUGACUUCAUCGGGCAGUACACCCUUCCCUUCACUAGUCUGAAGCAAGGUUACCGCCACAUCCAUCUUCUGACCAAGAACGGAGACCCCUACUCCUCCUCCACCCUCUUUGUGUACAUCAAUAUCCAGGACUGUGACUAGCAGCUCAGCUCUUUCAGGGCGCAGUGAACCUCAUUACAGAGCUAGGAGGAAUUCAGCGUGCGAAGCCUGCCAGCGUCAGGGUCCCGUCACAUCCCCAGUGCCUUCCUGGAGCAGCACACGGUGCCCCACAGGACCCCUGAUGUGGAACAGCCAUCGACCUUCUCCCUUCUGCGUGCUGGAAACACCCUCAUGCUGCUGUUGAGAUUAAUCCUUUUGUACCUGUUUGACCAAUCCAGCAGUGUUUUUAGUUCACUUUAUUUAGUGUGGUUUUUUAAUUCUGCUUUUAGCGAGAGGAUAGGGACUCCUUUUUAGCAAAGUACAGCUCUUGAGUGGGGUUCAGUCAGACAUCUGGACAAAACACCCAACAUCUGUGCAAGAAAAAAAAUCCACCCCACCGCUGAAAUCAGUGGCCAGAUGCCAGGUGACUUCUUGCAACUUGAGAUGUCAACCAUCUUUCACCAU